CGACGGAGGCUGCCGUGGGGAGGGAUGGAGAGGGGAGGGGGGAGCGGAGCCGAGCGGAGACAGCCGCGGCGCUGCAGAGCGGCUGGGGCGGCGGCGCGGCUCCCGGUGCUCCCCCCGGCGCGCGCCCCGAGUCGGUGAGGGCCGGGCCCCGGCGGCCCCCGGAGUCAUGGGCUGCAUCGGCUCGCGGACUGUGGGGAACGAAGUGAUUGCAGUGGAUUGGAAAGGCCUCAAGGAUGUCGAUCAGAUCAACAUGGACAGCACCAGCUCAUUGCACGGCAGCAGCCUCCAUCGGCCUUCUACAGAGCAAACACGAACAGAUUUCUCGUGGGACGGCAUCAAUCUCUCCAUGGAGGACACCACUUCCAUCCUCCCGAAGCUGAAGCGAAACUCGAAUGCCUAUGGCAUUGGAGCCCUGGCCAAGUCAUCCUUCUCAGGGAUCUCUAGAAGCAUGAAGGACCAUGUGACAAAGCCUACAGCCAUGGGGCAAGGCCGGGUGGCCCACAUGAUUGAGUGGCAGGGCUGGGGGAAGGCACCGGCAAUUCAGCCGCAGCACAGCCACGAGGCUGUGCGCAGGGAUACAGAUGCUUACUCCGACCUCAGCGAUGGCGAGAAGGAGGCGCGUUUCCUAGCAGGAGUCAUGGAACAGUUUGCUAUUUCUGAGGCUACACUUAUGGCCUGGUCUUCCAUGGAUGGCGAGGACAUGAGUGUCAAUUCGACCCAGGAGCCACUGGACUGCAACUACAGUGACAACUACCAGGAGCUGAUUGAGAGUCAAGAUGCACUGGCUCAAGCCCCCAUGGAUGGAUGGCCUCACUCCUAUGUAUCACAGGGGAUGUACUGUCUGGGGUCAUCAGAUGCCUGGGAAGCGAGUGAUCAGUCCCUCAUUGCAUCUCCAGCUACAGGAUCCUAUCUUGGUCCUGCAUUUGAUGACUCACAGCCUAGCCUGCAUGACAUGGGACCUUCCCAACCUGCUUCAGGAUAUUCUGCUCAGGAGCCUCCGCCUUUCUUGGGGGUGGACACUGACUGGGCACCAGAGGUUGGUGGGGUGGACCUGGCCAGGGGAUCUGUAGAAGAAGAGAAGAGACCACUGGCCCCCGAGGAGGAAGAGGAUGCAGGAUGCCGGGACCUGGAGUCGCUUUCUCCACGAGAAGACCCGGAGAUAUCCACUGCUCUUAGCCGGAAGGUGUCUGAUGUCACAUCCUCAGGUGUGCAGUCCUUUGAUGAGGAGGAGGGGGAUGCCAACAACUAGCUUCUUCCCGCCCCACUCUGACCUGAGGGGCAUGGCUGCAGCCCAUACCCUCCCAAGCUCCAGCAGCACAGAUGAAACCCGGGCAGAAGACAGCGGGGGAACUGGGAGUUUCCAGCCUUCACCAGCCCGCUAGCAGCCCUGGAAAGUGAAGGAUCAGCAGGGGGUUUUAUCUAGGCUUGUACUCCAGAAACCAUCAUUCCAGGAACUGAGACCCAGGCAAUUAGGUGGCUACGAACCUGGCAUGGUGGUGGGAGAUGAGCCGUAGCUCUGGUUCUUGGGUCCAUGCCCAGGUGCGCCGUGUUGAACACUGAAUCUCAGUUCUUACACCCCUGAUUCCGUCUUCCAGGAGCCUUGGCUGUGCUGUCUGAAUGCCUCCUUUCUCCAUUUCACUCCUGCUUUUCUGAUUCUGUUUUCUCUGGCUAUGGCAUCAGUGCAUCCCCACUGUGGGAAAGCAGGCCUCGGGGGCUGUUGGACAUGGCUUGGCGGUGACAGGAGAGUGGCCUGAACGGCCCUUCUGUGUUUAGCAUAGACAGUGUGCCCAAUUCAGGCAAUCUUUGGCUUCUGGGAUCAGGAGCCAAGGAUGAGAUGGACGUAGCAGCUGGGAUUGACAGAGGUCACAGUAUGAUUCUUUAUCCCAAAGCCCACGCAGAAGCAAGAGGGUCACCGAUGAGACAAAGAAUAAACACAGCCACUUGAAUGUCCUGUGGCUGGAAGGAGGACCUUUAGGAUAUGGAAGAAGGCCCAGUAGGGUUGGUUACUCCAAUUCUGGCUUCCCUUUAUACCUUCUUCCACUUGGAGCCCAGACCCUAGGAGGGUGAGCGGGCACCCUCACCCUCAGAUUGUUGACCUAGGAUGCAUUGUCCCCGUCAGUGAGGGUACCGUGAGGGCUGGGCCUCCCUCGACCUUCCCCUAAUUCUCUGGAGCUGUUUACACUUUUCUCUUUGCCUUUUCUACAUUUUUAUAACUUCUUGGGGACUCAGGGUUGAGCAGAGAGGAGUGGGGAGUCUGGUGCUGUCACUGCCUUGGCUGGGCUGGGCUGAUGGCUGAGGGCCAGGGCGGACACUGGCUGCUUCUGCGUUCCUGCCAGCUGUUCCCAGUGCUCCUCUGCCCAUUGUUCCUUACGGGACUGGUGGUGGCGAGACAUAAGCUUGCCCUCCCACACCUCCUUUGCCAUUGGAGUGGACCAUGAGGACAGGGAACAGCAGCAAGUCGGUACAGUAUUGCUAUGAGGGUGCUGGAGCAGCCGCAGACUCAGUCUGGCCCUUGGCACAAACAGAGUUUCGAUAGGAGAUGCCCAAGCUUGUCGCCCCGUUUUUCUUCUGCCUCCUGUCUGUCCAUGGCUCCAGUUCCAAGGCUUUGUGUCCUACUCUAACUGUCAGGGGUCCUCAACUACUCCCUCACCCACAGGAACGAUGAGACUCAGAGCUGGAGUGAUUCUGUUCUUCCGUGACUCUGUCCUGCACCUCAUUCAUACACCGACGUGUAACCAGAGUCGGUGUCCCACAUCCUCCAGGGGAGGGGGAAGCAUGGGAUCCCCGGCUCUGUUCAUGUAGGAAACAUGGGAGUAGACCCGGAGAGCCAAGAGAGGUGAACAGUCACUUAGCCCAUCUGACGCUGCCUGAAUGGGAGAGGAUACCUCGUGUGUGCCAGUGUGUUGUGGCUUAGCCUAUCAGGACCUCAUUUCUAGGACUAGGAAGGGCUAGCCUGCCAACCCUGGCAACUGCCCCUAACCCCUGGUCUCCUGUCCUAGCUCCCUGGGAAUUUGCAUGUUCAAGCUAAACUACUCCCAGGGUCUCUCUGCCUUGUCUAUCCUGCUCUAUCAACGUGUUUGUCUCAUCUCAGUGCCCCCGCAGUCUUCCCCGAGGUGACGGUGGACAUCGAGUCCAGUGAGCAGGUUUAUUCACAUUGAUCCCCUUUUGCUCAGGGCCCUGGAGAGUUAGGAAGACUAAACAAAAACAGCUUUCCUUCCUCCUUCCGUUCCUCAAGGAAGCCAAAUGGUCCCCUAUGAAAGACUACAAAGGACCUGAAGGAACUUAGUAGGGUUUCUACCUGAGCAGGGCUUGGUUUCCCCAGGCUGCUGGCAGACUGCCACAAAGGCAGAUGAGCCCCACCCCACUCUGAAGAGAGAAGACUCAAGGAGCUGGCCCAGGACCAUUUUGAACUUUUUUGGAGGGAGGGACCACCUCUCUGGUGCUGGGGGCAGGGUGCAUGGGGGUUUGCUUCUAGCCUACUUUAAGGGGAGGGGUGGGGCAUGUUCAGGAAGAGGCUGUUAGGGGUGGGUGGGAAGGGUUGCUUUUCCUUUGGGGUUAAAGGCUGUGCAGCACGUUUUACAGCAGCUGGGGAGCAGGGCUGUUUUUUAUAUUCUUGUGAAUGGAACUGCUCUUGCGGAAUGAUUUUUUUAGGGGGGGGUACACUUUAAUUUUCAAUUGACUUUAUUAAAUGAAAAUCCAAACCUUCCAUUCCUUCCCUUCCAUUGCCCUCCCCCAGUUCACACACCUCCCUUCUUUUCCUUGUGUUAAGGAGGGAAUCUUGAAGGAUGAGUUCUUAACCCUUUAUAUCCCACACUCUGUCUUCCAGGUCUGAGACAUACCCAUUUUUAUGGUCAGUCUUAGCAUGUUUUCUUAAUGUGAAACUCACCCCAAGCCCAGGAAGGAUUCUAUGACAUAUAUUACAGAGAGAAUUCUAUAUAAAUAUAUAUAAGUAUUAUAGAUUAUAUACACAUGGGCAUGGGCUUGGAUGCCCCUUGCUAAUUCUCCUACCUAGGCCUCAGUGUCUUUCUUGGCCUGGGAAGGUGGAGGGAACCCAUGUUGGAGAAGGCCAGAGGCUGUGUUCAAUGACACUAAACAGAAUGUGGUGGCA